GGGAGCCAGCCGUCCGGACCCCGCCGCUCCCCUCCGCCACCAACAUCAUGGGCCGAACAUGGCCAGUAAAGCGAGCAAGGCGGCGGCGGCGACCGCCUCCUCCUCCUCCGGCGGUCCUAAUAACACUAAAAGCGUAGGGUCGGAGUCGGCUCCGGAGGAAAGUGGAAACGCCGCGGUUUUAUCAUCCUCUUCCUCCUCCUCGGCCAUGGAGACGGGGCUGCUCCCCAACCACAAACUGAAAAACGUUGGCGAUCCCCUCGCUGCGCCUCCCCACCCGCACCACCACCAUCAUGCCCACCACCACCAUCAGCAUCCUCACCAUCUCCUCCUCCUCCACCACCACCACCACCACACACUACAGCACCAGCUAAACCAAUUCCAACAACAGGAGCAGGACCAUCCCAUGCCCAACACCACCACCACCAACGGCAUGAGCGGAGCGGGUGGCAGCGGCGCUGCUCGGCCCGGGGCGGCCAUGGAGCAGCAGCAGCAGCAGCAACAACAUGGAGGCGGAGGAAAGGACAGUGUUUUGGGGAAUCGGGUGCAGCCCGUUCUGAGCCGUUCGGGUGAAGAGGACGAGCCCCCGACUAAGAUGGGGGAGCCGUUGGGCGGCCGGUACGACCCCCCGAGCCUGGGGGCUUUGGGCGCGCAGCAGGAGCAGCAGCAACAGCAGCAGCGGCGGCCGGGCGGCGUUGGCCUCGGUAGCCUGGGUAGCCUCGGCGGCGGCCCGUCCGGCGCCUCAGAGUUUAAUCAUUACUACGGCGGCGCUGCCCCCGCGAGCGGCGGCCGAACGGGGCCUUGCUUUGAUCAACAUGGCGGACAACAAAGCCCCGGGCUGGGGUUAGGGCCCCCGGCCCCCGGCGGCGCGGACCCCUUGCACAACUCCCAUGCAGGGUACCCCACCAGCCAGUACAACCAUUACCCCGGCUACAGCCGGCCGGGCGCGGGAGGUGGAGGAGCGGCGGCGGCGGCGGCAGGAGGAGGAGGAGGAGGGAGUGCGGGGGGAGGAGGAGGAGGAGGAGGAGCAGUGGCGGCCGCACCAGCAGCGGCAGCAGCAGCGGGAGGAGCGGGAGCAGGCGGCUAUGGGGGCUCGUCCUCUGGCUACGGGGUGCUGAGCUCCCCGAGGCAGCAGGGCAGCAGCAGCACGAUGAUGGGCCCGGGCGGCGGCGGGAGCGGCGGCGGCGGCGGCGGGGCUGCCGCCAGUCUGGGCAAGGCUGCCUCCACCUCCGCCGCGGGGGGUUUCCAGCGCUUCUCCGGGCAGAACCAGCACCCUUCGGGGGCCACCCCGACCCUCAACCAGCUGCUCACCUCCCCCAGCCCCAUGAUGCGGAGCUAUGGCAGCAGUUACCCCGAUUACGCCAAUCCCAACGCCCCGCCGCCGCCGCCGCAGCAGCAGGCUCAGCCCCAGGCCGGGGCCGGGGCCGGGCCGGGCAGCCAGCAGGCGGCGGCGGGCAUGAGCAUGGGCAUGGGCAAAGACAUGGGCGCCCAGUACGGAACUGCAAACCCAGGCUGGGGAGCCGCACAACAAAGAAAUCACCCAGCUAUGAGCCCUGGAAACACUGGACAGGCCAUCAGCAGAUCCCAGGGCAGCCCGAUGGAUCCAAUGGUAAUGAAGAGACCUCAACUGUAUGGAAUGAGCAAUAAUCCUCAUUCCCAACCUCAGCAAAGUAGUCCAUAUCCAGGACAGUCCUAUGGCCCCCCGGGGCCCCAGCGCUACCCAAUUGGAAUACAGGGACGGACCCCUGCUGCCAUGGGAGGAAUGCAGUAUACACAGCAACAGAUGCCGCCCCAGUAUGGUCAGCAAGGAGUAAGUGGCUACUGCCAACAGGGUCAGCAACCAUAUUACAACCAACAGCCACAGGCUCAGCACUUGCCACCCCAGGCUCAGUACUUGCCAUCACAGCCUCAGCAGAGAUACCAAACCCAGCAGGACAUGUCUCAGGAAGGCUAUGGAACCAGAUCUCAACCCCCUAUGACUCCAGGAAAGCCUAAUCACGACGACUUGAGCCUAAUCCAACAAGAAAGACCAUCAAGUUUACCAGAUUUAUCUGGCUCCAUUGACGACCUGCCCACAGGAACUGAAGCGACACUGAGUUCAGCUGUUAGUGCAUCAGGCUCUACCAGCAGCCAAGGGGAGCAGAGUAACCCUGCCCAGUCACCUUUCUCUCCUCAUGCUUCUCCACAUCUCUCCAGCAUCCCGGGGGGCCCAUCGCCUUCCCCCGUGGGUUCUCCCGUUGGAAGCAACCAGUCGCGAUCUGGCCCCAUCUCUCCUGCAAGUAUUCCAGGUAGUCAGAUGCCACCGCAGCCUCCUGGUAGCCAAUCAGAAUCCAGCUCCCAUCCUGCCUUGAGCCAGUCACCCAUGCCACAGGAAAGAGGUUUUAUGGCAGGAACGCAAAGGAAUCCUCAAAUGUCUCAAUAUGGGCCACAACAAACCGGAUCGUCUAUGUCACCUCAUCCUUCACCUGGAGGCCAGAUGCAUCCAGGAAUUGGUAGCUUUCAACAGACUAACUCAAGUGGUACCUAUGGACCUCAGAUGAGCCAAUAUGGACCACAAGGUAGCUACUCCAGACCUCCAACAUACAGUGGGGUGCCUAGUGCCAGCUACAGUGGCCCAGGGCCUGGCAUGGGAAUAAGUGCCAAUAACCAGAUGCACAGUCAAGGGCCAAAUCAGCCAUGUGGUACCAUGCCCAUGGGACGGAUGCCAUCAGCUGGGAUGCAGAGCAGACCAUAUUCCGGAAACAUGGGCAGCAUGACUCCUAAUUCUCCUGGCAUGACUCAGCAGGGAGGCCCUGGCAUGGGUCCACCAUUGCCCACUGUGAAUCGUAAGGCACAGGAGGCAGCUGCUGCAGUAAUGCAGGCUGCUGCAAACUCAGCCCACAACAGGCCACCAUACAUUAGGUCGCCUGCUUAUCCCAGCCAGUCUGGGGCUGGCGGACGCCCCAUGUUUACUUCCCAGCACCCCAACUAUGGCAGCACUCAGGCUCCCAUGAUGCACCAGUCUGACCAGUACGGGCAAGGGAAUUUUCCUGUCAUGAAUCAGAGUGGACUUAUGGGAUCCAGUUCGCCUUACAACCAGCCCAUGAAUAACAGCUCCAGCCUGAUGAACCCACAAGGUCCCCCUUACAGCAUGGCCCCUAACAUGGUGAACAGUUCAACAGCAUCUAUGGGUCUUGCAGAUAUGAUGACUACAGCCGAGUCUAAACUGCCCAUUCCCCUCAAAGCGGAUGGUAAAGAAGAAGGCACUUCUCAGCCCGAGGGCAAGUCAAAGGAUAGCUACAGCUCUCAGGGUAUUUCUCAGCCCCCAACCCCAGGCAACCUUCCAGUCCCUUCCCCAAUGUCCCCAAGCUCUGCUAGCAUCUCCUCAUUUCAUGGAGAUGAAAGUGAUAGCAUUAGCAGCCCAGGCUGGCCAAAGACUCCAUCAAGCCCUAAGUCAAGCUCCUCCACCACAACCGGUGAGAAGAUUACCAAAGUGUACGAGCUGGGAAGCGAACCAGAACGUAAACUGUGGGUGGACCGCUACUUGACCUUCAUGGAAGAGCGGGGGACACCCGUUGCAAGCCUUCCAGCUGUGGGCAAAAAGCCCCUGGAUCUGUUCAGGCUCUACGUCUGUGUCAAAGAGAUUGGAGGUUUGGCCCAGGUUAAUAAAAACAAGAAGUGGCGGGAGCUGGCAACCAACCUAAACGUUGGCACUUCGAGCAGUGCAGCCAGCUCCCUGAAAAAGCAGUAUAUCCAGUACCUGUUUGCCUUUGAGUGCAAGAUUGAGAGAGGGGAGGAGCCCCCUCCAGAGGUCUUCAGCACGGGAGAUACCAAGAAACAACCUAAGAUCCAGCCGCCAUCUCCUGCCAAUUCAGGAUCCUUGCAAGGUCCACAGACACCCCAGUCCACUGGCAGUAACUCCAUGGCGGAAAUUCCAAGUGACCUGAAACCUCCCACACCAGCAUCCACCCCUCAUGGACAGAUGACUUCCAUGCCAGGUGGCAGAAACAGUGCAGUUAGUGUACAUGACCCCUUCUCUGAUGUGAGCGACUCGGCGUUCCCAAAACGAAACUCCAUGACACCCAAUGCACCAUACCAGCAGGGGAUGAACAUGUCAGACAUGAUGGGAAGAAUGCCAUACGAACCUAACAAGGAUCCUUUUGGUGGAAUGAGAAAAGUGCCUGGAAGCAAUGAGCCAUUCAUGACACCAGGACAAAUGCCCAAUAGUGGGAUGCAGGACAUGUAUAACCAGACUCCUUCUGGAGCAAUGUCCAAUAUGGGCAUGAGUCAGCGACAGCAGUUCUCCUAUGGAGCUGGUUACGACAGAAGGUUGGAUCAUUGUCUGGGUCCUGAAGGCAGUAUGGGACCACGUGCUCAAAGCAACAUGGUGCCUUCUAACAGUGACCCAAGCUUGUAUUCUUCUAAGCGUUACCCUGGCCAGCAAAGGCAUGAACCUUAUGGACCGCAGUAUCCGGGACAAGGCCCACCCUCAGGACAGCCACCAUAUGGAGGACACCAGCCUGGAAUAUAUCCACAGCAACCGAACUACAAACGUCACAUGGACGGCAUGUACGGUCCUCCUGCAAAGCGCCACGAAGGGGAUAUGUACAACAUGCAGUAUGGCAACCAGCAGCCAGAAAUAUAUAACCAGUAUAGCAGCAGCUACUCUGGACCAGACAGGCGGCCCAUCCAGGGGCAGUAUCCAUACCCCUACAACAGAGAGAGGAUGCAGGGUCCAGGACAGAUGCAGCAACAUGGAAUUCCACCCCAGAUGAUAGGGGGGCCCAUGCAGUCAUCCACCAGCGAAGGGCCACAGCAGACUAUGUGGCCAACCCGCAAUGAUAUGCCUUAUCCCUACCAGAAUAGGCAAGGUCCAGGGGGUCCCGCCCAGGCCCCGCCUUACCCGGGGUUGAACCGCACUGAUGAUAUGAUGGUACCCGAUCAGAGGAUAAACCACGAGAGCCAGUGGCCUUCUCACGUCAACCAACGCCAGCCUUCCUACAUGGCAUCCUCCGCCUCCAUGCAGCCAAUCACUCGACCCCCUCAGUCGUCCUAUCAGACGCCACCAUCAAUGCCAAACCACAUCUCCAGGGCCCCCAGCCCAGCCUCCUUCCAGCGUUCCCUAGAGAACCGCAUGUCUCCCAGCAAGUCUCCUUUUCUGCCCUCCAUGAAGAUGCAGAAAGUUCUACCCGCUGGGCCACCAUCACAGGUCACCGGGCCUCCUCCACAGCCACCCCCUAUAAGACGCGAGAUCACCUUCCCUCCAGGAUCUGUAGAAGCAUCACAGCCGGUUUUGAAACAAAGACGGAAGAUUACCUCUAAGGAUAUUGUAACUCCUGAGGCAUGGCGAGUGAUGAUGUCCCUGAAGUCUGGCCUCUUGGCUGAAAGUACAUGGGCUUUAGACACUAUUAAUAUCCUUCUAUAUGAUGACAGCACCGUUGCCACUUUCAAUCUCUCUCAGUUGUCUGGAUUUCUUGAGCUUUUAGUAGAAUAUUUUAGAAAGUGUCUGAUUGAUAUUUUUGGAAUACUUAUGGAGUAUGAAGUGGGAGACCCUGCUCAAAAGGCACUUGAUCACAAUGCAGUUAAGAAAGAUGACAGCCACUCGUCGGCAGAUGAUUCUGGGAAAGAGGAGGAAGAUGCUGAGUGCAUCGAUUUCUAUGAUGAAGAGGAGGAAGAUGAGGAGGAAGAAGAGGAGGAGGAGGCGGAACAUGAAAAAACAGAAAGGGAAGACCAAAGUACGGUUUUUGCCACUUCCGAUGCCACUGCUGAGCCAUGCGAGAGGCCAAAACAAGCCAGUAAGUUUGACAAACUGCCAAUAAAGAUAGUCAAGAAGAACAAUCUGUUUGUCGUUGAUCGGUCUGACAAACUGGGGCGUGUUCAGGAAUUCAACAGCGGGCUCCUCCACUGGCAGCUUGGUGGGGGUGACACAACCGAGCACAUCCAGACUCACUUUGAGAGCAAGAUGGAGAUUCCUCCCCGAAGGAGGCCCCUGCCGCCCCUGAGCUCCCCUGGAAAGAAGAAAGAGCUGGAGGGAAAGGGGGAUGCUGAGGAACCACAGGAAAAGAGCAUAACGGCCACCAUCGACGAUGUCCUGUCAGCCCGGCCGGGAGCCUUGCCCGAAGACGCCAACACCGGCAAUGGCAACCAGACAGAGAGCAGCAAAUUUCCCUUCGGGAUCCAUCAAGCCAAAAGUCACCGGAACAUCAAAUUGCUCGAGGAUGAGCCACGGAGCCGAGAUGAGACUCCGCUCUGCACCAUCGCCCCCUGGCAGGACUCCCUGGCCAAGCGCUGUAUCUGUGUGUCAAACAUCGUCCGCAGCCUGUCGUUCGUGCCUGGUAAUGAUGCCGAAAUGUCUAAGCAUCCGGGCUUGGUGCUGAUCCUGGGGAAGCUGAUUCUCCUGCACCACGAACACCCAGAGAGGAAACGGGCACCGCAGACUUAUGAGAAAGAUGAAGAGGAGGACAAAGGGGUGGCCUGCAGCAAAGAUGAGUGGUGGUGGGACUGCCUCGAGGUCCUGCGGGAUAACACCCUGGUCACAUUAGCCAACAUUUCUGGGCAGCUAGACUUGUCCGCGUACACAGAAAGCAUCUGCUUGCCCAUUUUGGAUGGCUUGCUACACUGGAUGGUGUGCCCGUCCGCCGAGGCACAGGAUCCUUUCCCAACCGUGGGGCCCAACUCAGUCCUCUCGCCCCAGAGGCUUGUGCUAGAGACCCUGUGUAAGCUCAGCAUCCAGGACAAUAAUGUGGACCUUAUCUUGGCCACGCCUCCGUUCAGUCGUCAGGAGAAACUCUACGCUACUUUAGUUAGGUACGUUGGGGAUCGCAAAAACCCAGUCUGCCGCGAAAUGUCCAUGGCACUCUUAUCGAACCUUGCCCAGGGGGACGCGUUGGCAGCAAGGGCCAUAGCUGUGCAGAAGGGAAGCAUCGGAAACUUGAUAAGCUUCCUGGAGGAUGGGGUCACCAUGGCCCAGUACCAGCAGAGCCAACAUAACCUUAUGCACAUGCAGCCUCCGCCUCUGGAACCGCCUAGCGUAGACAUGAUGUGCAGGGCAGCCAAGGCCUUGCUGGCCAUGGCCAGAGUGGACGAGAACCGCUCAGAAUUCCUUUUGCACGAGGGCCGUUUGCUGGAUAUCUCGAUAUCGGCUGUCCUGAACUCUCUGGUUGCAUCUGUCAUCUGUGAUGUACUGUUUCAGAUUGGGCAGUUAUGACAUAAGUGAGAAGCCAAGCAUGUGUGAGUGAAGAUUAGAUGGUCACAUAUAACUGGCUGUUUCUGUUCUUGUUUAUCCAGCGUAGGAAGAAGGAAAAAAAUCUUUGCUCCUCUGCCCCCUUCACUAUUUACCAAUUGGGAAUUAAAGAAAUUAUUAAUUUGAACAGUUAAGAAAUUAAUAUUUGCUGUCUAUGUGUAUAAGUACAUCAUUUUAUUUUAUUUUUUUAACCAAAGUUUCUGUCUAGUACACUCAAAGGUCACUUAUUUGUUUUCCAUAGAUUUUCUUUUUCCAAUGUUCUUAUCCAUGUUUGUAUGGCCUAUUUUUUGGGGAAGCAAAUUAGUGACUUUAAAAAAAAGAAAAAUAUUGGGACAAAAGCAUUGUAUGACAGAAAAAAUUUCACCACUUUGAAAUGAAAAGGUGAACAACCACCUACCAAGUUCCCGUGUCUUUUAUUUUUUCAGAAAAGGAGAAAAAAAAGCCCAUUUCCCAUCACCCAAAGCUCUGUGCAAUAGAAACUUCUAGUGAUGUAGGUAUAGGGGAUCAAGGAGGUGUGUCAGUCAGUAGUUAAACUCUGAAAUGAUAUUGGUUUCUCCACAGGAGAAUGGUUACAUUAGGCUAGGAGCAAAAAGCAAAUUUUUUUGGAAAGUUAAGUUGGAAAACACAUACCUGACGAUGAUCAACGUAAAUUGCUUCCUCACCACUCUACUGUCAUGUCUGCUAUCUGUUGUUUGACCUUCCGCAAUGACAGUUCUUCACAAUUCCUUUAAUCAUUUUUAAAUAUCUUUUUUUUACUGCCUAAGGGCCGUGAUGUAUAUAGAAGUUGUACAUUAAGCAUACCCUCAUUUUUUUUUCUUUUUUCUUGUUUCUGUUUUUUAGGACAAAGUUUUUAGUUUCUUUUCCAUGAUGUGGUAACAACAAAGUGAUGGUAGAUUUAAAUAUUUUUUUUAAUUUUUAUUUUAUAUAUUUUUUCAUUAGGGCCAUAUCUCCAAAACGAGGGUAAUGUACAAGUUUCUGUAUGUAUAAAGUCAUGCUCUAUUUCGGGAGAGCAGCCGAUCACAAUUUGCUUCAUGAAUCAAGGUGUGGAAAUGGUUGCGUAUGGAUUGAUUUAGAAAAUGGUUACCAGUCUACAGAUAUUAAAAAAAUAUAUACAGGAAAAAAAGGAAGAAACACAACUUCAAAGAUUUUUCAGUGAUGAGAAUCCGCAUUUGUAUUUCAAGAUAAUGUAGUUAAAAAAGAAAAAAAAACUUGAUGUAAAUUCCUCCUUUUCCUCUGGCUUAAUGAAUAUCAUUUAUUCAGUAUAAAAUCUUUAUAUGUUCCACAUGUUAAGAAUAAAUGUACAUUAAAUCUUGUUAAGCACUGUGAUGAGUGUUCUUGAAUAAUGUUCUAGUUUCUUUAAGGAAUGCUACUAGAAACCCAGCUAAUGACAAGAAAUAUUGAUCCUGCAACAGUAUAUCUGCCCCCCUUCAUCAGCAUCAUCGUCUUCAUCGUCAUUAUCACCAUCGUCACUAUUAUUAUUCUAGGAUCAUAGGACUGAGAGCUACUUUAUGUGGUCACCUUUGUCUUUGAUGAGGAGAUUUAGUUGAACUGCAUAACUGGUGGCUGAUCUUUUUAAAGAACAAGUCAAGAAAGGAUCACGGUCAGGGCAAAUGGGAGGUGUCUAAGGAGAGUGCCCUACUUUGGGAGCGUCGAACACAGCAUGCAAGUGAGGCCGCGGGGGGUGAACUGGUUUGAAGCUCUAUCAACGCCCUUCUUUUUUUGACCACGACACUCGCUCUUGUUUCUCCCCUUGUGAUGUUGGGUUGUGGGCAUGUACAUGCCCGGUUCAGGGUUCGCUCUGAUACGGAUGUGCAAGGCCCAGCAGAGUGUGUUCAUUUUGUUCUUUGCCAGAGCAACAGCAUUAAAUUUCAGAGCCAAAGUCAUAUUCUCAUAUUUAUCUGAUGAACACUGACUUUUAAUAUUGUUCAAUGCUAAAUGUUUUCUUUUUAAGUCAUGGCUGUUUAGUAUGUAAGACAAUCAAUUUCUUUGAAACUGCUCCAUAAUUUGAGCAUUUGGGAAUCUAAUUCUCUCCUUCUAUUCCCAUGGGAAUACCAGAAGACUCUUUCACUCUAUUCACUGUAAUGUAAGGACAAGCUACCCAGGUUAUAUUCAGAAUAUGAAAUGUGACUCUGUGUCGUAAAAAGUCGUUUCUCCCCACACUCAUUUUCAUCACCGGUCCACGCCCACAUCAUUUAACAGUCUCUUCGCUCCUUCCAUUCAAUUACAGUGAAGUAGAUGUCAAAUUAAGAACCCUACUUAUAGCUCAACUGUGUAUUUAUUAACUGAGGGUAAGGUGUGCAGGGAAAAAUCUAGAUAUCUGUGAGUGGGAAUCCAAUAUCAUUUUAGUUUCUCUUCUGGCGUAUAAAGGGAAGGUGUUGUCCGUACCCUGAGGUUUGUCUGGUAUGCAUUCUUAUUACUCAAAACUGGAGAAAAGUACUAUUGAGAAAUCUCGGUUUUUGGAGUUGGAUUUGUAAUCAACUAGUGUCCCGGAUCUGUAUCAAGUUACAACGUUCAUAUACGUUCCACCCGUCUGGUUGGAUGAUCAAUUUACCCACUUCCCUGCAGACUUUCAAAAGCCUUGUGGACCGCCCAGCUUAUUUCUGAUGGUCUUCUUCCACAACUGAGCGACCAAACUGGUUUAUAAGCCUAAAAACUUGUUUGUUUUCUCUUUGGGGCUUUUCAGAAUCAUGAGACAGCCCAGAGCACCCAGGUGCCAUAAACCUUUGGGCAGAAACGAUGGAAAUAAAAUGAAAGUCCGAUGAAGAUUUAGGAGUUUGAAAAUCUGCUGUAAUAGUUGAAUCUGCUGGUAUUUAAGGAGCCAAUUUUUUAAUGUCAGACAAGAGACGUUGUUGGCUGGUAUUUGCUAAUAAACGAGCUAUUCAUUUA